AUGCGCUCGAUGCAAAAGUCAGGACCAGGAAUGUGUGUAUCCUAUUCGGGCGAAAAGGAGGUCCAUACGCCCAUUGAUCGACCCAGCCCUGUAAGCGCCUCCAACCCAUUCAUUGAGAAUUGGCCAUUGAUUGUAUCCUUUAGAUCAUCAGACAGUCCAAAUGCCGCUCUGACUACCAUCCUUGAUCGCUUACAACGCCUUGAGGCGCGAACCGUUGCUAGUGGCUCUCAAGCCAAUGGCAAUAUACCAACUCCCUCUAUUGGUGGCUCUGAAGCCUCUCAGUCACCAGUUGCUUUCAGCACCACCAACGGCUAUGCAUCCAGUAUAUUGGCACCUCGCAAUGCUGGCCAGGAGAUGGACGCCAUGACUGUCUUGAAGGAUGCAGUCGAUCGUGUCCAAGAGUUAAGAAAGCGUUCUUUUGGUUCCAGUGUCAUAACAAAGUCGAUAGACAUCCCGACAGACCUGGCCAAGACCUGGGUCGCAAACUUCUUCAAGUAUAUGCCUGCUUGGAUGUUUGUUAGCUUUGUCGACAGGCGUGUCCUCGACCUACUACCUGACAUCAUUAAUCUACCGCACAUCCAUGUCGAUCCAGUUAUGCUCGUCAUAUACUACAGCAUCAUGUAUCAUGGAUGCAGUCUCAAAGCCAGCAAUACAACUUCACUCGAUAGCAUUAGUUAUAUGAACGCUAGCUACCUCGGAUGUCUCCGCGCAGUACCGAGCUGGGAACAGGAAGCGACAGGUACUAUAACAGAUUUAAUUGCCGCGCUUUACGUAAGUCGUGUAGCUGCCGAUUUCUUCGACUAUGAUAUUGCAUGGAGGGCAUUCAAGUACGCAUGCGAAUAUUGCCAGGUUCUCAACCUGCACAAGCUAGACUCGGACGAGUCAAACUCUUUUCUCAGUGAAGCCACGUGCGACAACGAGAGGAGAGGGUUCUGGGAGGUUAUCCAGAUUGACCUCUUUUACCGACUCAUUCUCAACACGCCUCCAGUCAUCACCAACAACCCAUGGAAGGUCAAUCUGCCAUGGCUAGAUCUCGACUCGGGAACUGUCCCGCAUGGUAUGCAGACGAUUGCAUUUCUGGCAAGUUCACGAGUCAGUCUUGUCAUCGCUCGAUUUUUCGCCAUGCUGGAUGACCCGACCAACGCUACAAAGACUGAAAUAGUAGCAAAGACGGAGGCUCUUUGUCGUGAGAUGCAAGAAAUUUUCGCUGAGUGGCAGCUGACUGAAUGGUUGAAUGCUGCUCAAGACAAUGAACAAGACAUUUGGGUAGUAGCAGAUGUCAUACUAACAGGCUACACAUCCAUCAUCUACAUGUUUCGCAAGAUGGCUCUCCUCAACUCCGAUUCUCCCAGGCCACCGACAACAGACUUGGACAUUCCUGACUCUCCUAUUGUCGAGGACGCUGCCCGACGCCUCAUCGCCACGCUCAACCGCUUACUAGACAUUUGCCCUUACGGAGUGACAAUGACAUCCUUGUUUGGCGCAUACCGAUGUUUCGUCGCUUUCGCUUAUCUGGCUAAUACUAUACUGCGGGCAGAAGACCCUCGACAGUACAUGGCAGAUAUUGAAGCACUUGAGCAAUUAAGCGAUACAUCGACUGAACUCUGUAGAGGUAAUAGGGAUGUUGUGCCUUUGGUCAAGGCAAUGCAGAGUAUUACGGAGGAAAUACGCAAGAAGCUGUAA